GUAAUGAGUGAGCAGCGUCAGCAGGGCUGGAGUUCCGACGGCCCGCCUGUGCCGCGGGGGCCCGGGGGUGUGGCGAAGCGUGAGCCUGACCUUGAGCCGAUGGAUUCGUCUGGUCAGGAUGAGCCGCAGAUCCCCACACUCGAGGAGGCCGACGAUGACGACCACACACAACACCAGGUGGCAGCGCCACCCGCAUUCUUAAAGGUCAGGACGCCGAGAGGAUGGCAGGGAGGAAGGAAGAUAGUACAUAGAGAAAUUGGCCUGCCUGACAAUGGGCCCGAGCCAGUGACCUGUCUGUAUGUUCAUGUGUAUGUCUGUGUGCAGGUGUUGAAGCCCGUGAGUAUCAAGAAGGAUUUCCGCUCCACCCUACUGCUCCACCCGGUGGGCGUGUACUGACGUGAUGGUGCCUGACGCCGAAACGAUAAUGUCCUCCCUCUGGUGGCUGGUUGGUCAUGUAUGUCUGUGUGCAGGAGGAGGGGGUGGAUUUAAGCAUUCUCACGACCACACUGUGCUCCGAGAAAGCCGUACACAUACACACACGACGAGAGAGAAAUGGCUGAGGGGCAUAUGUGCGGUCGUAUGGGUGGGUGGGUGGGUGGGUGGGUGGAAACUGUCUGCAGAUCCGCGAAGCCGAGCAGGACGUGCUGUGGGACUACGAUAUACUCUUUUCGGAGGUGAGCAGGACACCCAUCAGUCAGCAGACACUGCACGUGGACGUAUGUGAUUCUCUCUGUCCGCUUGCCUUUCAUCCUUCCAUCCAUCUGUUUGUCCCUCCCACAGAUUGCCUCCUCGCUGCGGUCGCAGACAUUCGAAGACACGGACACCCACUCCAAAACCAACAUGGCCACUCAGGUCUGUGGGUAUCAUGAUAACGAUAUACACGGACGGCUAGCCUAACCACUGAGUGCACUGGGUGGGGUGCUAUGGAUAUGUGCGCCUCGCCUUGUCCGUGUGUGCAGGGCGGCGUGGCGUACGACUUGCCGUAUUGAUUGGAUUGCGUUUCGUCGUGUCGGGUGGACUGACUUUUCCCUCCGUCCGUCCGUAUGUAGUCCCUCCCUCCCUGUCUGAUGGUGUUUGUCUCG